AAUCAGUGUACACCAGGAUCUGCUGGAUCCUACCUACAAGCCCCACCAGCAUGGAAUAGGUGCUGGCCACAGACCCUGCUCUCAACCUGGAAACAGAGGGGAGGAGCCAGCACUGUUUAAAGAGGUCUGAACCCUGGCAGCUGCACACUCUAUCACUGAGCAGUGAGUCAGAGUGAAUACCCAACAGGAAGCAGAAAUCAAAGAUGGUUCUCAGUACAGAAGAAAUCGGAAGCUCUACUUCCUUAGCCUCACCCAGUGACCCAUUGCCCAGUGGAGAGACUGACCUAGGAGAGAAAAACCAGGAGUCCCUGAACAACCUCUGCAGGCAGUAUGAGGAGAAGGUGCGGCCCUGCAUUGACCUCAUCGACUCCCUGAGGGCCCUGGGUGUGGAGCAGGACCUGGCCCUGCCUGCCAUUGCAGUCAUUGGGGACCAGAGCUCAGGGAAGAGCUCUGUGCUGGAAGCACUGUCAGGAGUGGCCCUCCCCAGAGGCAGUGGUAUUGUUACAAGAUGCCCUCUGGUGCUGAAAUUGAAGAAGCUGGAGCAGGGAAAAGAGUGGAGAGGCAAGGUCACCUAUGAUGACUUCGAAAUGGAGCUCUCUGAUCCCUCAGAGGUGGAAGAUGCCAUCAAUAAUGGUCAGAACUGGGUUGCUGGGAAAGGGCUGCAGAUCAGUGAUAAGCUCAUUAGCCUGGAUGUCAGCUCCCCGAAUGUCCCAGACCUGACCUUGAUUGAUCUGCCUGGAAUCACCAGGGUGGCUGUAGGCAACCAGCCUGUAGACAUCGGACACCAGCCUUCUAAGACUGAAAAGGCGCUGCGGCUGCUGGCUCGGCCCACUUCAGCUUCCCAUCAUUGGGAUCCUCUCUCUUGUUCCCCCAGCGUUCUUCUGGAGGAUGGGAAGGCCACAGUGCCCCUUCUGGCAGAGAGACUGACCACAGAGCUCAUCUCACACAUCUGUAAAUCCCUGCCUUUGUUAGAAAAUCAAAUAAAGAAGUGCCACCAGACUGCAAGUGAGGAGCUGCAGAAGUAUGGUGCAGACAUACCAGAGGAUGACAAUGAGAAAACUUUCUUUCUGAUUGAAAAAAUCAACACUUUUAACCAGGACAUCACUGCCAUAGUACAGGGGGAGGAAAAUGUGGAGGAGGGAGAAUGUCGCCUGUUCAACAGGAUCCGAAACGAGUUCUUAUUGUGGAGUAAGGAAAUUGAAAAAAAUUUCCAAAAUGGUUAUGAUUCAUUAUAUAAUGAAGUCUGGAAAUUUGAAAAGCAUUAUCGAGGCCGAGAGCUGCCAGGGUUUGUGAACUACAAAACCUUUGAGACCAUCAUAAGAAACCAAAUCAAAGUCCUGGAAGAGCCAGCUGUAGACAUGCUGCACAGGGUCACAGGUGAGUACUGUACAGUGUCACACGUUAGUGCAAAAAAUUUUGCUGAGUUUUUUAACCUCCACAGAACUACCAAGUCCAAACUUGAAGACAUCAGAUUAGAACAAGAAAAGGAAGCAGAGAAGAUGAUCCGACUUCACUUUCAGAUGGAGCAGAUUAUCUACUGCCAAGACCAACUUUACAGAGGAGCCUUGAAGAAGGUCAGAGACAAGGAAGCUGAGGAGGAAAAGAAUGAGACAAAGUCGAGUGCCUUUACUUCCUCUCAGUCUCAAGCUUCACAGAACUCAUCCAUGGAUGAGAUCUUUCAGCAUCUGAAUGCCUACCGCCAGGAAGCUCACAACCGCAUCUCCAGCCACAUUCCUUUGAUCAUCCAGUAUUUCAUCCUGAAAAUGUUUGCUGACCAGCUGCAGAAGGGCAUGCUCCAGCUCCUGCAGAACAAGGACUCUUGCGGCUGGCUCUUGAAAGAACGCAAUGACACCAGCGAGAAGAGGAAGUUUCUGAAGAAGAGGCUGUCAAGGCUGGCCCAGGCUCGCCGGCAGCUAGCCAAAUUCCCUGGUUAAGCUGGCCCUGCCCUUCUCUGUAUCUCUUGGACAGUGCUUCAGGGACAGAAGGGCUCCUGCCUUUCCUGGUAGCUAUUCCACCACUCUUUAGCCUCUGACCUGGUAUUGUUGUUAGCAAUCAGAAGCAAAGGCAAACUCUCUGCUCACUCUAAGAUCAGGAAGGAGAAGAGGCUCUAAAACACAGGAUGCAGAUGGGUAGACGAUGCUUCUUUUCUGAUAUGACAAUGGCUUCACCCUAUGAACCUUUCCCACCUUGGCCUCUACCUUCUCAGCACCCUGUUUUAGUGCAUCAUUCCAGGAGGGAGCUACCUAUUGCAUUCAUUCCUAAUAAACCACUUUUGACACUU